AUGAUGGCAGCUUAUCGAGUGGUAUGUCUUCUUCUGUUAAUUCAUUGGAUCUACCAAGGAUCUGCUUCUAAUUCGUCGUCACCGUUGUCGACAUCAGAAUCAGCAUCAACGUCAGCAUCAACAUCAGCAUUAGCAACUUCAGCUAUGCCCAUUGUAAAUGGUAAAUAUCGAUCUGAGUUUUAAGGGGCCCUCAGGUUAUUGCUGUUUUAGGUCAAAUCUGUGUUAUAGUCAUAACUUGGUGCUUUAUCUAUAACCAAAAUGCUUUUUACAAUAACUGAGCGAAUCCUCGCGCGCUGAUCGGUCGAGAGCUAUGGUCUAUGAGAGUAUAGACCAUGGAAAUGACGUAACAUGUCACGCAGUACCGCUUGUUUCGUUUUUGGUUUUUCGUAAAAAAAUAUAUGUUAUAGUAAAAAACAAAUCGACCACAACUUCCCAUGGCCUACACUCUUAUAGACCAUAGAAGUUCCGCCCAGUUCUCCAAAUCCUGACCCUAUUUCAGACCAAAAAAUGUCAUUUUGCACACCCGUUUUCAGACCUGGCCUCUAAAAUCCAUACCCAUUCUCAGACCUGGCCUUUAAGAAAUUAUGUCAUCACUUCUUAGAUUAAAACAGAAACAAAAAAGAUUUCUUAAAAUCCAUUUCGAAUUCGCAUAUUUCCCUUUCUUUCUUACUCAUUUGGAAUUGAAAAAAAUAAAUACGUUCGUACAUUCCCGUAGUUCCCUUGAAAAUCAGACCUGAUUCCAGACCAAAAUGGUCAAAGUCUAUACUCGUUUUCACACCAAAACGGCGCAAAAACCCGUCCCUUUGGGGCGGCACAUACCUGUAUGGCUUACCCGAGGGGGGGGAAGCUUUCCGUAUAAAACUUUGUUGAGUAGUCCACACGGGACCUCAUGUAUCAUUUUAAUCCGUCAACAGUUACCUUCAGCACAGAUUCCAUAACAACGUUGGCAUCCGCAAAUUGCAGCGAGUCCUGCAGUGGGAUCGGUGGCACUGUAACUGUUACAUUGCAAUGCAAAAUAAAAGGAACCGGCAGCGAUGAAGACUGCAAUGCAGCAAACUUCAACGCCACAAAAUGCGACUAUGUGGUGCUACGGGAUAAACAUUAUGUCUGUGAUGAUGUCAAGAGAAACUACAGUCAGAUUGUCGGGGGGUUCGAUAAAGUGCUACAGGAUUGUGACACUGUAUGUCCCCCUGAUUCAGCGGCCGGUGAGUAAUUGUAGCUUAACCGUUUCAUUCCUCUGAAAAGGUGACCAAGCGAAAAAAAUAUUCACCAAAAAAUCAUAUUUCGGUCAAAUAAACAAGAUCUCCUUUGCAAGAGAAAUGGCGUUCAUAAUGCCGAGCCUGGUUGAUUUUUCGCAAGUUUUCCAUAGCGCACCUAAGUCAAAGAAUUCAUUUGCAGUAGAGAUAAAAUUUAAGAAAACGUACUUUUUUAUAUAUAUUUCACUAAAUAUAUGUGUUGUUUAUUUUACAGGAUUGUUUCUUCAUUUCUGGCUUGUUUUGUCCACUCUUUUUCUUAGUAUUUGGUAAGUUAUUUCUCCUGAAUUUGUCAGCAAAAAAUUAAUUCGGAAUGUGAGAAACGUUUGACUACCGCAAAUCUUCAAUUUACUCAAGUUUCCGUGACGGUUGCAGAAAGUUUCUUGCGUUACACGGGCUGGUGAGGCUGCUUCCUGCGACUUGUUACGUAGUUUUCUCUGCUUGGCAACCAAAUGCUCAUGCGCACAUGACUUAAUCAAUGUUACCAGAAAAGAACCAUCUCGUUCCCAGAGGCCGCGAUCCUUUUGCUCAGCGAAAAGAGUACAAAAUUGUAACAGCAAGGAAGCAGACACUACUAACUCCGCGAAAAGGCCGGUACAUUACGCAUGCGCACAGCCAUAUCACCCGGGCAACGGGCAGUGGGUGUACACUGUAAUCUAACAACUCAUUAAAAGACCAAUUUAAAAAAUUAAAUAAUUACUAAUAAUAAUAAUUACUUUUCUUUACUCGAUUAUUUCUAUAGCUUGGCCCUGAUGGUAUGAACCAGUGAAUCCAGUUGACAGUGUAACAAAGAAAUGGAGAAGGACGGUUACAAGUUGGAGCUCCGUGUUCAACUUUUAACUGAUUAUGGAACUCACUUCAAUUUAUUCCCUGCUUUAGUGUAAAACUGUUUAAUUGAUUUAUUUAGUCACUCACCUGAAAGAAAGUCCUCCAUGUCCCAAGUCCCCUGACAAGGCGGUAGAUGUCGUACUGAAACCGACUUGAACACGUUGCAGAUGUAGCUAGUAAAUUAGUUUUACAUGAACACUACACCCAUCGAAAAUGCUUUGUACUGUACAUUAUAUAUUUAACGAAAGGGAUGUAGGUAUUUACCGCUAGGUUGGAUAGGGAUGAAAGGUCUUCACCGAUACAAGCUUACCUAAGGCGAUUGAAAAAAUGAUUUCUAUUUUUUGGCAAGCCCUGUGGUGUAGCCCUUUGUAUAAAUGCUUAAUGCAGAAAAAUGCCUUAAUAUUUUGUAAUUUCAAGUUACUGUGUUUUUAUUAUAAUCCGCGAACAAGCUAGUCUCAGUCGCAGACAGUCAAAAUAUCGAGUCUCGAGUGACAAGUCCGGCUGCAAUGCAGGUUACAAACGAGCAAGACGAGGCGAAUCCUUAAUUCUGAUUGGCUACCCGAGCGAGCAGGAUAGUUCCCGAUCUUGCCCGCUUGGGAUGACUCGCUUUGUCCCGCAAGAAACGAUUUUGCUUUGACUUUAUCAUAAAUCUGUUCUUGACAGGAAUAGUGUGGCUGAUAUGUUGUAAAUAGAUAAGUCUUGUCUUAUUAAAUACUCAC